CAAAGUAAUCAUAGUGGGACUUGAUAAUGCUGGAAAGACUACUAUUCUCUACCAAUUCUUAAUGAAUGAAGUGGUUCAUACUUCUCCAACCAUAGGAAGCAAUGUAGAAGAAAUAGUGGUGAAAAACACUCAUUUCUUAAUGUGGGAUAUUGGAGGACAAGAAUCAUUACGGUCAUCAUGGAAUACCUAUUAUUCAAACACAGAGUUCAUCAUUCUUGUUGUUGACAGCAUUGAUAGAGAGCGACUUUCUAUUACAAAAGAAGAACUUUAUAGAAUGCUGGCUCAUGAGGAUUUACGGAAGGCUGCAGUUCUCAUCUUUGCCAACAAGCAGGACAUGAAAGGUUGCAUGACAGCUGCUGAGAUAUCUACAUACCUCACUCUUAGCUCCAUAAAGGAUCACCCAUGGCACAUUCAGUCCUGUUGUGCUUUGACAGGAGAAGGAUUAUGCCAAGGCUUGGAGUGGAUGACGUCCCGUAUUGGAGUGAGAUAG